AUGAAAGACAAUAAUACACAAUCAACUCUAACUGAAUUAUCAAACGACCUCUCUUAAGAUUCAAUAUUAGUGGAACCAUCUAUGCUGAAGAAGUACGAUAAUCUAGUGAUGUUUGAUGAUGAAGAUUAAAGAUCAGUGUUGAGAAAAAUGAGCAUAAAGAAAUAAAAAAAAAAACGAUAAGGUAGAAAGUCUCGAGACUUCACUAUUUAAGAGGAUUAAAGGCUUCUAGGAUUAGUAUUAAUGUUUGGACCUAAGUUUAAAACAAUUUAAAGAAAGAUGUCUGGCCGUCCAUUAAAUAUUUUAAAGAAUCGAUACUAUCGUGAGUUAAGAUACAAAUGGGAUGAGAUAAUGGGAAAGUAAUUUUAAUAACUAAUAUUUUAGGGAAUAUGCCCAUUUGAAUGAAAAAAAGCCAGAUCUAACUUUGGAUUCGAUUUGGAAAAAUUCUCCCCUUCAUUCAGAUCUUUAAAAUAUAAUGAUGAAUAUGGUAACAUAGUUUUAAAAUGUGAUUAAAAAUUGCUUGAAUUGA